AUGUCUUUGACUGUUGGACUAUAUGUCAUCAUUUUUGAUGAUGGUGGUGUAUACAAGCACUGGAGUCUCUUUAUUGAUGGGCCAACAGAUGCAGAAAAGAUCAUUCUCCAUGUCAUGAGUUCCUCUACCAGAUAUUGUUUUGACAUGAGGAACUCAAACACUCAUAAAUCAGCAACUCUCUUGGAGAUGAUUCACCUGUGCAAUAUGGACACUUCUAAAAUCAGCAUGAUUAAGAACGUUGCAAAAAAGUGGUUAUCCAUAAUGAAUAUUUGGGCUAUAACUGUCAGGACUAUGUCCUUGACCUUCUGGAUGACUUGA